AUGGGGGCCAGAGGUCCCACUGCCCUCAGCAGCUGCGUUGCACUGCUCCGCGCCCCGCCUCACCAGGCCCCGCUCUUGUCGAUUGAGUUUACCAAGGCUCCCACUUGCCGUUCCGGCUGCCGCAGCUGGGGGACGGCCAGCGGUGCCUUCCGAGUCAAGCGUGCCGCCCUUCCUGGCCUCUCGGCCCCGCUCCUCACCUCGGACCCUCCGUGGUGGGGCGGGGGGCGGAGGGCGGAGGGCGGAGGGGGGCACCUUCUGGGCUCUGGCCUGGGCCACGCGGAAUACCAGUCGGCAAGGCGGCGAGGGUCCGGGGGCGGUGCCGAGGGGGCGGGACUGCGGGGUGGGGCUCCACGGCAGCACCGGAUUGGGCGGGGCUUGGGCUGCAGACCCCGCUCUGCCCCGCCCCGGCGCAGGCGCAGGGAGGGCUCCGCCAUCGGUUCCCAAGGCAACCGGUUUCAACAGUUCGAGCCCAGCUCGUGUCUGGAGGCCUUCUGGCGCCCACCAGCCGGCAUGUGCGCCGCCGAGAUGGACCGUCACGUUGCCCAGCGAUACCUGCUCAAGCGGCGGCUCGGGAAGGGGGUGAGCUCGGGGAGGUGCCCGGGCGUCCGCCGGACUAGGCCACCUGCAGGGCGUGGGCAGGGCCAGUCGGAGGACUGUGGCCUUCCACUCUGCCAGGGACUCCUGGAGGCGGACGUGCGGCUCCCGGUGCACGAAGGAGCCCAGCUCUCGGCCACCGAGUAUCGCAGCCGCCUCUAUCAGAUGAUCCUGGAGCGCAGGGGUAACGGCCGCGUCCCGAGAGAGACGGGCCUGGGCGUUGUCCCCACGCCCCCGGCGCCCCCGCUCAAACCCAGAGCCGCGGCCAAGCUGCCCUCGGGCUCGCCUGCGCGGCAGCCCGGACGCCGGCCUCGAAGUAACCCCGGUCACGUCCCCGAGCACGAUGUCCCCGGCGGAGCCAAGGACCCUCCCAGGCAGAGCUCGGCCCCCCUGCACCAGCCUCCGCCCCCAGGAGGUCUUGGGAGAGGGAAAGGGCCCCGCUGGACGACGGCAGGGCUCCCCUCGGCAUCCUGCUGGGUGAAGCCCAGCGGGAGGGGGGCGGCGCCCUCCUUGACCUCGCAGGCCGCCGCCCAGGUGGCCGUGCAGGCCUUGAUCCGGAGUGACCGGAACGGAACCCGGGCCGUUCGGGCCGUGGUGGCUACGCGGGUUCCUCCCCGGCCUCCCCGGAGGCCCGGCCGCAGGAUGUUCAGCGCCUCGGCCUCGCAGGAGGCCCAGGGGGCCGCGCGGGCCGCGCUCGGGGGCUACUCCCAAGCCUACGGGCCCGUCUGCCGCUCGGCGCUGGGCUGCCUGCCCCUGCUCCCCGGACCCCGCGCCUGA